UGUUUGACAUUCUCAAAUURACAUUAGGUUUUUUUAGAAGCAACGUAAAACACGUGUGAACAACAACUUUAUUUCAAUUGUUUUAUUAAAAAUUUAAAGCCAAAAUGUAUCUGAUGUACACCUUAAACGAAAAAGGAGAACGCGUUUACACGCUGAAGAAACGCACUGAAGAUGGACAUCCAACAAUCUCUGCUCACCCAGCACGUUUCUCGCCGGAAGAUAAAUACUCACGUCAUCGUUUGACAAUCAAAAAACGUUUCGGUUUGUUGAUCACACAGCAGCCUGAACCAGUCUACUAAUUUUGAUAUCUAUAUUCUUAAGUUCGUUUUUAAGUAAAUAGGAUUCAAAUAUGCAUAACAUUUUAUUAACUAAGGCUUAAAUAUGAGUAAAUAAACACUAUAUUAACUAA